AAGUUGAUCUUCUCUGUUAGCUAAAAUCUUAAAUCUUAUUAGCCUUACACUGUGGUCUGAGGAAAGAUACUUUUAUUUAAGAAGAAUUUGCAGCCAUGUGGUCUGAUAGCAUUGUUGGUAAAGAUGGAGCAUCUCAGGCUAGUAAGAUUGCAGGCCGGAGGAAGAGGACCAGUUUCACCAAAGAGCACUUGGAGCUCCUCAGAAUGGCUUUUAGUGUGGACCCAUAUCCAGGCAUUAGUGUCAGAGAAGGUCUAUCUCAAGCCACAGGCCUCCCAGAGUCACGAAUUCAGGUAUGGUUCCAGAACAAGAGGGCAAGAACCUUAAAGAACAGAGCCACUCGGACCUCCCCUCAACAUGAAGCUACUUCUUCACUGCCCAGCCCUUUCCUGCCACCUCACAUGGUUGGUGCGAAAGAAAGUAGACAACCAGCAUUUAAUGUCUCUCAACCUCUCAAAGAUGGUGAGCAGGACUGCUUCUUUACUGACUUGUCUUCACAAAGUUUUGGACUUCCACCAAAUGGGGCUCACUGCAGCACUCCAUCAAUCAGGCCACGCCAAGACAGGCUGAUGGGCACUAGCUUGAGUCCUUCCUCCUUUCACUCUGACUUGGAAGUUACUCCAUGUGGCUGGGGCUCCAUGAGAGCACAGACCUCCCCAGAGUGUCUAUGGAGUCCACCAAUGCAGAGCACUGGAAACAACAGCAAAGAUGAAAGCCAAGUCUUUCUAUAUCCUCCUCCUCCUUAUCCUCAUGGCAGUGUGAGGUCUGGAUUUCUCAACAGCUUGAAGUCAACCUCCCCUGACUCUGCAGAUUCUGCAUUUUGGGACAUGGGACUGGAGAACACACCCCCCAUGCCAUAUUCUCAGAGUGGAAGCGGCCUGUGGGAUGAAUCUGCUCAGGAACAGCCUCUGGCCCCGUUACCCAAUCUGUCUUCACAGUGUCUAGAGGAAGUUCUUGGAGAGAUGGAACCAGGCUGGUGGAAGAUUAAUGGACAGAUGGAGCUUCAAUAAGACUGUUUACCCAGAAAAAAAUAGAAUUAUAUUUUGCAAGACAAAUGACUGAUUCGUAAAGUGAGAAAAAAACUUUAGCUCAUUUAUGUGAAAUACUCACCAAAGAAAAUCUUGAUAUUUUACCUCAUUAUAUUGUGAUGGGCGGCUAUAUUAUUUAAGUUUUUAUUUAUUUAUUUAAUGUAAAACACUUCCAAAAAGAUUGUUCUC